CAUACAUAGUCAUAAACACAGGACACUUACAUAUAAUCUAGAAAUGGCAUACAAGAUGUUCUCCACCGGUUUAGUAAUGCUCGCUUUCAUUGGAGUGACUUUGUGUCAACAACAACUAAAUCAAUUAACCACCGGUAUACCGUCUCAAUACCUGCCGUCAUCUAUGUCACAUGGGUCUUUCCAGGGGUCUUCGGUGGCUGUCCAACAACCACAUGUCAAAUUCGAGGACAUCGAAAAUCCAUCUAAUAAACUAUCGGCUCCAAUUAUGUCAAUACCUCAACAACCACAGUCUUACCAAAAUCCUGAACAACGUCAAAGUUAUGAACAAUCAUACCAGACACCUUUCGAAAACGCUGGAGUGCAGUACUCGAUUGUCACACCAAACUCUUACCACAGUAACCAGGCUAGUCAACAGUAUUACGUACCAGCCACUCAAAUGUCAGCCGAACCUCAAUUUAGCACCAAGGAAUUGUAUGCGGCCACCUUACCGGAAGUCGUCCCUGCCGCCAUCCCACGACAUGUUCAACCAGAAUACAAAAUACAGUACACCGCCCCGACUGAAAAUCAACAAGACAUCUCUUCCGUCAACGUUGCUCAAGCUCGACAUGAAUACAAACAACAACAACUUGCCGCUCUAGCUCAAGCUCAAGCAGAACAUAAACUACAGUUUUCUGCCCUUGAACAGGCUCAACAAGAGUACAAACAACAAUUCGCUGAUCUUACCCAAGCCCAACAAGAACUUAAACAACAGUUCGCCGUACUUGCACAAACCCAACAAGAGUAUAACCAAAAAUUUUCCGUUCUUAACCAGGCUCAAAAAGAGUAUAAAGAAGAGUUCGCCGCACUUAACAAAGCUCAACAAGAACUUAAACAACAGUUUGCUAUCCCAACUCAGACUCAACUAGAAUACAAACAACAGUUCGCCGACCUUGCACAAGCUCAACUGGAAUUCAAACAACAGUUCGCCGGACUUAUCCAGGCUCAACAAGAACUCAAACAGCAGUUCGCAACCACAGCUCAGGUUCCACAAGAAUACAAACAGCGGUUCAACGUUCCAGGUCAACAAAUACACAGGCAACAGUACGCCGUUGCAGAUCAAGGCCGACAAGACUACAGACAACGAUUUGUCGUUCCAACACCCACAUAUCAAUACGUUCAAAAAUCGACCGCCUCCGCUGCCACCAGUCCAGUCAAUUAUUCGUACGUCGCUCAGUACCCGGCCACCCAAGUAAAAGCCCAAACGACCACAGCUGUCAACCCUAAAUUCCAGUAUGCCAUCAUUCCACAACAAUACUACUACUCCGUUCCCGUUGGGCAGGUCGCCGUCACCGAACAGCCACGCGUCCAACAGACAACUAUGAAUCAAUCGUCGUCCGGAGUGAUUAUAUCCACCACACAAGCUCCGUCUGAAUCAACACCAAAAAUGCAACAACAACAACAACAACAACAACAACUCAAAGCUGUUCCCAACAACUUCAAAACCAUCGUCGCUUAGA